CGCACCUUCAAAUCAAAAUCAAUACAAAAAUAUUUAACAAAUAAAAUCAUUACAAAGUGUAAAUUAUUCAAGUCAUGCAUCAGAUAUAACAUUAUAAACCACAAAAACACCUCACCAUGUUGAAAUCAAUCACCGCAUUUCAGGGCUCCAAGAGCUUGUGGAAACAGUGUAGGAACACGCACAUUUAUGAUAAAGGCCGCGGACACAAGGGUGACCACAAAGUGACGGUUUUAGGAGCGGCCGGGGACGUCGGCCAAACCCUCUCCCUUCUCCUGAGAGCCCAGUCCUACAUAUCCAACCUGGUGCUGCAUGAUGACCAGGACACCCCGCCUGCCGCCUUCUUCGACCUAUCACACAUCCCCAAAGACAACAACCUCACCAUCUUAAACGGCAUGGAAACCCUACACAAAGCUCUGAAGGAUGCCGACGUCAUCAUCGCAGCAGGAGGCCUCGUCAGAACGCCCGAAGUCACCGAACACGAAUUCCUAACAACUAACAUUCAAUUCAUAAAGAUGGCUGCCGCAAGCAUCGCGAAACUUCGCCCGCAGCCGUUUGUAGGCAUCGUCACCGAGCCGAUCAACACUUUAGUACCGAUGGCAGCAGAAAUUUUGAAGACCCACGGGGAUUAUAAUCCUAAGAAGUUGUUCGGUAUAACGUGCUGUGAUCAUCUAAAAGCCCAGGCUAUGUACGCAAAGCAUCAUCAUCUGAAGGUAUCGGAUUGUUACAUCCCAGUGAUUUGUGGACAUUCGGAGAAAACUAUUGUGCCUCUCGUGUCCCAGGCGUUGCCGGUUACCGAGACCACAAUGACUGAUAGAAGUAUCCAAGAGUUCACGCAUAAGGUUCGUCGAAGUGCCUACGUGAUAGCUAGAUCUAGCUACGGUAAAGUGCCAACUUUAUCAGCCGCGUAUGCCGGUCUGAUAUUCGCUAAAAGCGCGGUAUUUGCGUUGGAUGGUACGCCUUCUCAUAUACAGGCGUUUGUGGAGAACAACGACUUUGGAACGUCAUUUUUCUCUGGUCUGGUGGAAUUGGACCACUUGGGCGCUGGCGAGAUGCUGCGGUAUAAUAACUUGUCGCAUUACGAAUGCCACAUCCUAGAGUGCAGCUUAGGCGAGCUGCGUAAAGACGUUUUAAAGGGAAAGAAGAUGUUAGAAAUGACGCAAUUGUAAGUUUAUUAGUAUUGCGUCUAGAUGUAGCCUAGACUUAACGAAUCUGUAAAAAUGGUGGCGAUAAUAAAAAUCGAUUAGUGUUUUGUAUACAAA